AUUAAUUACAACUAGUAACUAGAUACCCGAGUGAAAUAAUAAAUACAGUCGAUAAUAGAGGUUUGAAGGGCGGGGUGCAGAGAGAGAGAGAGAGAAGAGGAUGAUGAAGAUGACGGAGGUGGGCGGCCGUGGGUGCGGCGGAGAGAGUAGGCCGGACGCAGCCAAAACACAGGACAACAACAUUAGUACUAAGAAUAGGGUAUUCUCUUCCAGCCGACCAACUUUCAAAAGGGUUCAGGUUGUCUAUUACCUCUCAAGAAAUGGCCACCUCGAGCACCCUCACUACAUGGAAGUCACUCAUCUUGUCCACCGCCAACUUCUCCUCAAAGAUGUGAUGGACCGACUUACAGCGUUGAGAGGGAAAGGGAUGCCAUCACUCUACUCUUGGUCCUGCAAACGGAGCUACAAGAAUGGAUAUGUGUGGAAUGACUUAGCAGAGAAUGAUGUUAUCUACCCAUGUGAAGGUUCAGAGUAUAUACUCAAAGGCUCCGAACUCGUCCAAGGCUCUUCUGAAAAAUUUCAAAUGCUACAAGUGAGCAAUUCCCAGCAAUUUCAGCUUGUUAGGAAUGCGCAUGACGGAGGAGACUUUCUGCCCAAACGCAAACCGGUGGCUAUGAAACGAUACCCAGAACCGGAAGAAGUUCAGAACAAUAAUUAUGGUGAAGAGAACGAAGAAGACGAGGAUGAAGAAGAAGAAGAAUAUGAAGAGAAAAUCAGUUAUUCUAACUGCUCAGCUACGCCACACUCUAGGUGCUCGCGAAGGGCUUUUACGGAGGAGAAGGAUAAGAACAGCGGCGAGUUAACCCGGGAUGACUCUUCUUCGCCGUCAUCCACUUCCUCACUGUCCGAAAAGGGCAACAAAGACGGUGACCCGGUGGUGGCCGAGUCCUCGUUGCUGAGUCGAAACUCGGUGCUCUUCCAACUCAUCUCUUGCGGCGGCUCCGCCUCUUUCAGAGGGAAAACUUUAGCGCCCUUCACGAAACAAUCCGCCGCCGCCGCCAGCGUGACGGUGGGGAGAAAAAGCUGCAGCGGCAGUAGCCUCCAAAAAGAGGUCUUGAUCAGGGCGGCCGCGCGGGCAACGCCGCCGAAGGCGGCGGUGGUAGGAACGGAAGACGAGGAAGAAAUCAAAUACAUGUCGGAGAAUCCGAGGUUCGGGAACAUCCAGUCCGAGGAAAAGGAGUACUUCAGCGGCAGCAUCGUGGAGUCGAUCACGACGGAAGAACGGGCCGAAAUCCACCCCGGCAACCUCAAGAAAUCCAACUCGUACAAUGAAGAACGGAGCUGCAAAGCAGGGCUGGGUGAUGGCGCAGAGAAAGAAGGGAAGAGAAGAGGGAAGAGCGAGAAAGGGGGUGGGAAGUGCAUUCCCAUUAAAAAGUCUUCUUCUAAGCACUUCAAAAAGUGACGGUUUGAUUGGAUACCAAUUUGGCAGUUGUGAGUUGCAGUGGCCCCAUGGCCAUGGACAAUCUGGCUGUAAUAGUUGUCUUCUUUAAUGGAUUCAUCUUUUCUUAUUACUUAUUAGGGGUUAAAAGCUGGUGAAAAUUUGGACUUUUCAACGGGCUCACUGGUGUUCCUGUACUACUCUGUACCACCUACCAUCAAAUUAAC